AAUAAACCUAAUCCGGAAACGUGGCAGAGAGCGGCGGCGAGUAGGGUCGAAGAAACAAACGGUUGUGCAGUCUCCGUUUCACUCUCUCCUUCGCAGUCUUCGGUCUCAUCGACCCGGAAGUGAAGACAGUCACUCGUCUUUCUGCCUCGCCCGUUAACAACUCAGAUAAAACCAAUCUCUUUCGGUAUCCCAUUUCUGCGAAUUCAAUAACUGAUUCUCUCUCACUCUCUCUGAGCAAUGGCUUCGUCUCAGACUACAGCUUCAGCUUCGGCCUCAGCUGUAAGCAAAGCCUCAGCCACCUUGACUCGUUUGAACAAUAAUUACACUCACUCCCAGCUUUCAUUUCGUCUCCCUCUCAAGCCCAGUCUCCCCCUUUUGACCAAGGGUUUACGACCUGGUCGGAACUAUACCAGUGUGGUAAAAGCUCAAUUGAACAAGGUUGGAGUUGAUGGGUCCUCAAAUGCUGAUGCCACUCCCUCAUUCCAGUCAGAACUAGUGGCACCAGAAGCAAAGGAUGCUAAACCAUCAAAUGACCCUUCUUCUGGAGCUUUGGCUACGGAGGAAUCAAUUUCUGAAUUCAUUGCUCAAGUUUCAAGUCUUGUUAAGCUUGUUGAUUCCAGAGAUAUAGUGGAGUUAGAGUUGAAACAGCUUGACUGUGAAGUCCUAAUUCGUAAAAAGGACGCCUUACCUCAACCACCUCCUUCCACACCAGUUACUUUUACGCAUUCACAUGCUCCAUUAAUGGUCUCCCCAGCCCAACCUGCACCUGCAAAUGCUCCUUCCCUACCUCCUACAGUCCCUAGUUCAUCGACUUCUGCUGUCAAGUCAGCCAAGUCAUCACUUCCACCUCUUAAAUGCCCCAUGGCAGGGACAUUCUACCGAAGUCCAGGCCCUGGUGAACCACCAUUUGUGAAGAUUGGAGACAAGGUACAAAAGGGACAAGUAUUAUGCAUCAUUGAGGCCAUGAAAUUGAUGAAUGAAAUCGAAGCUGAUCAAUCGGGAACCAUAAUUGAGAUCGUUGCAGAAGAUGGCAAGCCUGUCAGUGUUGACACGCCUCUGUUUGUAAUCGAACCAUAGGGCUCUGACAAUCAAGUAUGCAUAUAUAGAUGGAGCAAGGCGAUUAGAAAACAUUGUGAGAAUGGCAGUGUUUCAUUUUGGUGGCUAGAGUUGAGAGCAACUUAUUGUUUGCUAAAUUAUUUAUUUAUCCAAAAUUUUUUUAAUGACUAGAAGAUGUCCUAAUAAAUUUGUUAUUUAAGGCUGUAUUCAAGGAGCUUAGGAUGUAAUAUUUGUAAUGAUUUGGUUUUGUUUUUUCAAGGGAUAUGUUUUUUUCUCAU